AUGGGGGACCCGAGUGGCAGCCGCAGCGGAGCCCCUUCGCGGCUUCAUACGAAGGCAAUGGAGGCCUUUUCGCUGCCAGCCCGCCGCGCUUCCCUCGCGCGCUUCGAGACAUCGCCUGCAGACUCCUUCUUCGCCUCCGAGCCCCCCCCGCCCAACGUCGCGACUGCUGGCCUCCGAGUUCGCCAGUUUGUGCGGCCGCUGCACGAAGAGGAGGCUUUGAAGGAGGCGAAGGUGGCGAUUGUCACGGCGGGCGGCACAGACGUCCCUCUGGAGCGAGAGGCCGUGCGGUACAUCACCAACACCAGCUCCGGGGCUCGGGGGGCAGCUCUUUGCGAGCAGCUGCUGCGUCUGGGCUAUUACGUAAUUUUGGUGACUUCCAUAAGAGCCAUAAAGCCCUUCGUGCGUCACCUGCUGCCCACUUACCCGAUGCCCGCAAUCCUCGACUUCAUAUCUCUCCGCGUGCAGCAGCAGCAGCAGCAGGGGGAGGCGGGCGAGGCGGGCGAGCAGGAGCAGCAGCAGCAGCGGGAGGAGGAGCCGCAGCAGCAGCAGCAGCAGAAGCUGCCGCUGCAGCCAAUCGUGGAGGAGCCCUCGGAGUCCGUGGGCUCUGAAGACGAAGUCGAAGCUCCUGCUGCUGCUUCCACUUCUCGAGGCCUGGCCUAUCAAGUGUACGAAGUGGUGGAACAGGAAGUGUCUGAGGGCGUGUCAGUGACUUCCGUGGGUUCUGUCCUCAGCAGCAGCGACUCUGCUGCAGCAGCAGAAGACGCAGCUGCAGCAGCAGCAGCAGCAGCGGAGGGCUCUGCUGCAGCGGCGCGCGCGAAGCAGCGGCCGCCCACAGACCCUGCCGAGCCCGCAGGCGCAGCAGCCAGCGGCUCUGCUGCUGCUGCUGCUGCUGCUGCUGCUGGGCCCUGGCAAGUGUCCCUGAAGGGGCCCCUGCAGCGGGGGGGCCCCCAGGGCCCCCAGGAGCUGCCGGAAGAAGAAGUGGAAGCUGCGGGUUGGGAGUUUGAGGGGGGCGAGGCGGAGGCGGCUCUCAGGCUGUACAGACACUGCAAAGACCGCCUCCUCUGCGUCACUUACAAAACUCUCGCCGAAUAUGCAUUUAUUGUUCGGGCAGUUGCUGCGGGGGCGGCGCCGCUGCGGGAGCGGCUCAUGUUCUGUUCAGCAGCAGCUGUUGCAGAUUUCUACUUGCCCUAUUCCGUGAGGUCUCCCCACAAGCUGAAGACUCCGCAGCACCACGAGACGGCUCACCGUGCAGCCAACGCACCUGGCGCUGCAGCAGCAGCAGCAGCAACAGCAGAUGGGGGCUCGGAGGUCCAGAGGGGCCCGUCACGCAGCAUUUCCACUAUGACUUCGAUGCAGCCCAAGCGGUGGUUCACAGGCGAGGUGGCGCCGCAGGACAGCUACAAGGGCGCUGGCGAUGCAGGCGAAGCAGCAGCAGCAGCAGAGGCCUCAGAUGCGCAGCAGCAGCACCAUUCGCACCAUUUCAGUUUGCGGCUCUGGGUGGCCCCCAAGAUGCUGCUGGUCGUUCGCUCCGUGGCCCCGCAUUGCUUCUUAGUGGCCUUCAAGCUGGAGACAGACGAAAGCCGACUGCAGCAAUCCGCCAUGUCCUACUUAGAGGGAAGCAGCAGCAGCAACAACGGCUCAGGCGUGGCGGACUGCGUCGUGGGCAAUGCGCUGCGAACUCGGAGAGAGAAAGCGACGCUUUUCACGAAGAUUGGACAGAAAGAAGUAAAACAAAAAAAUAAACAGACCAAGAAGUACCUCGGGCACGGCACUAUUGAAGCCCGCCUGGCCAAAUACCUUUUCAAGCUCCAGAGCCUCAAAAUAAAGGAGGCUUUCCUGUGA